UUCCAUUCCACAUCACUGAAGACAUGGCGGUCCUCUUCGCCUAUCAUGUGAAUGGAUCAGGAGCAGUGUUGGAAUUACAAUACAUGACAGCAACGGCCAACUGGACCAGUCUUUUUUCGGUGCUCAGCCAUCAGGACAUCUUUUGGCAACAAGCGGCUGUCAGCAUUCCGUCUACGUCCACUGCUUUGCGCUUUUUAGCAAGAACGAGCGGAUCGCAAGAUGUGAUCUUGAUUGAUUCCCUGUCUUGUUCGAAUGCAGUUUCCAGCAUUGAAAACUUGAGCUGCAGCUUUGAAGAGGAUUUCUGCGGGUGGGCUAGUUCCUGGCUACGAUACUCUGACCCCAUGUCUUGGUAUGACCUUGGACGCCAAGAUGCAUUCCAUGGUGACUGGUACAUCCACGUCGACUCAUCUCGCCAGGACCUUGCUUUGGUCAGUCCGUGGCUGGGAGGGCUGGGCAACGCACGAGACAGAUUAGACCUGCAUUUCUUCUAUUACAUGUUUUUCCCCUAUGGAGCCAGCAGGCUGAAUCUCGAGUGCCGACACGACAACUGGACUUGGUCGACUUUGUGGUCAAAACAGGGAAGUCAAGGUGCUGUGUGGCGCUUUGGUAUGACUACUUUGCCAGCAACGGCAUCAGCGUUGCGUUUUGUGGUGGAUCAGCCUCCUUAUUAUGGGCACAUUGCGCUUGACGCUAUAGGUGUUGGUGUUCCAACAGUAGCUGUAGACUUCAAGGGGCUGGCUUGCGAUUUUGAAUUCGAGGGGUGCUUCUGGCUGUUCGACCAUCAAUUCAACGAAUCGACGUGGAGAUAUGUCUCUACAGCUAUGUCAAGUGUUCCUGCCAAUGACGGCAGUUGGUAUCUUCAGGCUGCAGGGAAUGGUUUCGACAAUGAGG